CCGGUCACUUCCGUUGCUUUUCAUUGGUCCGGUAGCAGUAGAGAGUGUUUUGAUUGGCUGAGGGUGGAGUUUGUAUCUUCAGGUUUAGCGCCACUCUGCUACCCGCGGCUGGGGGGGAGCCUGAGCCUCCUGGUGGGCUCACGCGGUGAGUCAUAGUGGGAAACUUCUCUUGCGUGCUUGGUGGUUCGAGUCCCAUAUUCGGGGUUUAUGGAAGUGUAAUCUCUUUGGCUUUCGUUUUGACUGGAUUUUUGAGAUGGAAGGAGAGUGCGUGGGCGACUCUUCCUUUAUAGAUGAUCCUCGAGGUGAAAUUGACUUUGUUAGUUAGAAAAUAAAACAGGCCUGGAGAUGUAAGAUGAGAAGGAACAGAGUUGUGGUCGAUAACAGAGUAUCGUUACUUUGUAAAGAAUUAUACAGAUAUUAGUACUUAGGAACAUUCUUUAGAUUCAAUCCCUGAACUGCUUCUGAGAACCCAGUUUUAACUGCUAGGUGCAAUACAACUGAAAACGUGCUGACUUGUGUAAGGUGCCAUGCUGGUGGCUAUAAAUGUGUGGAAUAGGGUGGCAAGGAGCAUCAAUCUUCCUUGGGACUCAAGUUUCACAGGUUUUUGUUUUAUUUUAGACGAGUAUCACUAGAGUAUCACUAUGUACUUCAAGCUGGGUUUGAACUCGUUGUAUAGCCCUGGAUGGCUUCAAAUUUGUAGCGAUCCUCCUGUGUUAGUCAUAACAUGUAUCACCAAUGCCCAGCUUGAGGUUUCGCCAUUUAAUAGAAAGGUUGUGUGGAGCUUGUAAAGCCCCUUAGAUUUUUUAUAAUUGGGAUCCUGGAGUUUUGCUGAGUUCACUUCCUUUUUUUCCGAAUAUGAAUAGCUCCUAAGUUGGCAAAGAGCUAGGUGGAGUUGUUUAGAUGUAUGUUUGUGUUCGGCUUCAUUAAGUGGACUUAGGUGUCGGGAUCAAAACGAACAUGGUUUCUGCGUUCUUGGAGAAUGCCUGGGGGUAGAAGGAGUAUCAGUAUUUUGUGCAAAUAGUUACUCUGAAGUGGCAAGGGAGUUACUAUAUAGUUUCUUUUUAGUUGUCGUCUUCUAUUUCAGGUGACCUGACACUUUCUUUUCCAAAAUAGGAAUGAAAUUUACGUGUAGUGUUGAUUGUAAGUCUGUUUCACUUACAAUUUUUAAACAAUUGUAUGCAUGGGAUGCUGUUUUGAGUAUCAGUUUCAUUGCCUUUUUUUUGUUUUUUUGAGACAAGAUCUCCCCUUGUAGUUCAGAGUGGCCUUGAACUCACUGUGUAGCCCAAGCUGGCCUCAAACUUGUGGUAGCCCUCCUUUGUCAGUGGAACUUGUGGAGAUGUUUCUGUCUCAGCCUUUUAAAUGCCGAGAUUGCAGGCUUGCACUACCAUGCCCUUCAGUUUCAUUGCUGUUUACUUACUUUUAUCCUUCAAAUAACUCAAAUAAUUUUCUUUCUGUGUUUUAUAGCUGCCAGACAAAAACCUGAUCCAAUGAAAGUGAUCUUAUGAAAAGUUCAGACCAGAAGAAACUUAUAGGUGGACUGUGCAGGCCAGCUUUGAACUCACUACGAAGCCCAGGAUGGCCUUGAACUCAUGAUGAUCCUCCUGCCUCAGCUUCUUGAGUUUUUCGAAUGCUGGGACUACAGGUUGCGAUGUCUCGAGAGCCCGAUGAAGAGAGUCAGCAGUCCUAUGCCAGCACCUCACAGCCCCAUGGCACUGGUACCAGUUCACAGACCCAAGGUGGCUUCACCCAGUCCCAAGGCUGUUUUUCCCCAUCCUCUGGGCUUGCUUCACAAUCUCAUGGGUCCUUGAUGCGCUCCCCAAGCACAUCCAGCUCUUCCACCAGCACAGUGCCUACCUCCAGCCAGUCCUCUCAAUCCAGCUCCGGGACGCUGAGCUCCUUAGAGACAGUGUCGACUCAGGAACUCUGUUCUAUUCCUGAGGACCAAGAACCAGAGGAACCUGUUCCUGCUCCUUGGGCUCGACUGUGGGCUCUCCAGGAAGGAUUCUCCAAUCUUGAGUGUGUUAAUGACAGCUACUGGUUUGGGAGGGAUAAAAGCUGUGACUAUUGCUUUGAUGAACCUCUGCUAAAAAGAACAGAUAAAUACAGGACAUAUAGCAAGAAACAUUUUCGGAUUUUCAGGGAAGUGGGUCCUAAAAACUCUUACAUUGCAUACAUAGAAGAUCACAGUGGGAAUGGAACCUUUGUAAAUACAGAGCUUGUAGGGAAAGGAAAACGUCGUCCUUUGAGUAACAAUUCUGAAAUUGCACUUUCACUAUGUAGAAAUAAAGUUUUUGUAUUUUUUGAUCUGACUGUAGAUGAUCAGUCAGUUUAUCCCAAGCAGUUAAGAGAUGAAUACAUCAUAUCAAAAACUCUUGGAAGUGGUGCUUGUGGAGAAGUAAAGCUGGCUUUUGAGAGGAAAACGUGUAAGAAAGUAGCCAUAAAGAUCAUCAGCAAAAGGAAAUUUGCUAUUGGCUCUUUGAAAGAGUCAGACCCAGCUCUUAAUGUUGAAACUGAAAUAGAAAUUUUGAAAAAACUGAACCAUCCUUGUAUCAUCAAGAUUAAAAACUUUUUUGAUGCAGAAGAUUAUUACAUUGUUUUGGAGUUGAUGGAAGGGGGAGAGCUGUUUGACAGGGUUGUGGGACACAAACGUCUGAAGGAAACUACCUGCAAGCUCUAUUUUUACCAGAUGCUAUUGGCUGUCCAGUACCUUCAUGAAAAUGGGAUUAUACAUCGGGAUUUAAAACCAGAGAAUGUUCUACUGUCAUCUCAAGAAGAUGACUGUCUUAUAAAGAUUACUGAUUUUGGGCAGUCCAAGAUUUUGGGGGAGACCUCUCUCAUGAGAACUUUAUGUGGUACCCCCACUUACUUGGCUCCUGAGGUUCUUCUUUCUGUUGGGACUACGGGGUAUAACCGAGCUGUGGACUGCUGGAGUUUAGGAGUUAUUCUUUUUAUCUGCCUUAGUGGGUAUCCACCUUUCUCUGAGCAUAAGACUCAAGUGUCACUGAAGGAUCAGAUCACCAGUGGAAAGUACACCUUCAUUCCUGAAGUCUGGGCAGAUGUCUCAGAGAAGGCUCUGGACCUUGUCAAGAGGUUGUUGGUUGUGGAUCCCAAGGCACGGUUUACGACGGAAGAAGCCUUAGGUCACCCGUGGCUUCAGGUGGGGUGGGCUGGGCCGCAUUCCAGCCACCCCCUGCCUUCAUUCAGGGCAGCUGAGCGAGCUGGAGCAAGGCAGAGAGAAUUCAGCUGUUACGGAAGCCCGUUAGAUUGGGAUGAGGACAUGAAGAGAAAGUUUCAGAGUCUACUGGCCGAGGAAGAUAAGCCGUUGGCUCUUCCCCAGGUUGUGCUGCAGCCUUCCACUAGUCGAAAACGGUCUCUCGAAGCAGAAGCUGAGGAUGUAAAGACCAGAAAGCGUACGGCUGUGUGUGCUGCUGUGUCAUAAACACUGUGAUUUAACAUGGAAGAAAUGUUUCUUCUUUUACUCUGCUGUCAUCUUGUUUCUUUAAGUCUUUUUUUUUUAAUGGCUUCUAUUUUAAUUAUGGGAGUGAUUGUUUUUCCACAAUUGUGUAUAUAAUUAAAAACCCGAUAAAACUCA